AUGAAGCGCGACGAAUUGAUACAGAAAUGUGAUAGGAUGGGAGAGCAACUCGUCCGAGAACUGCACAGUCGUCUGCCCGAGUCGUUCAAGGAUUCCGGUGGUAGCAUACGUGGCUGCGGGCUGUUUCGAACAGUCGACUUUGGUGAAGCGGCGACAUCCUGUGGUGGACCGAUCGCGAAAGACGUAAGCGUGGAGGCGUUCCGGUUGGGCGCCGCUGUGUACCUUUGCUCGCCAGUAGUCGACGCUAUCCUGAUCUGCCCGCCAUUCAUCAUCAACGAUACAGAAGCGGCAGAACUUGCUGAAAUCGUCGCUCAGGCUUUCAAGAACGUUUUGAACUCACGAAAAUGCGAACCCAAGCCGUGA